CUUGCUUGUUCAGAAUCCACUUUACCCCUCCAUUCCUCCCACCUUCCCUCCCCUAGCUAGCUCGGACAAAUGACGUGUAACUUAAGUAGGAGAGAUUAAAAAAAAAAAAAAAAAAAAAAAAAAGAGCGUUUUCGGCUUCUUCGCGGGGCUGGGUUUAGGAGUACUAUCAUUAAAGUUCGAGGAUGUUAGGCAUGACUGGAUGCAUGCAGAAUGCUCCACCAGAGCAGACCGAAUCUUAACAAUAUCUAUCCAUCCUCGUAAAGGAAAACGGCACCCAAUACUGUUAUAAGCCAAUUGAUAUGUGAAACUCAUAGAUCGUGAGAGGAAGGGCUUGUCGGGCAUCAAAAUUGCUCGUUUCUUUGAGAGGGGCAGGGUAUAGCUAAUGGAAGCGGGGAAGGGCAGUGAGAUGUGGGGGGAGGGUUAUUAUUUUCGGGUGUAAGCAGAAGAGCACGGAGGGGCAAAAGAGGGGUCAUGAGUUGGCAGUUUUGGAAUGGCAAAUACACGUGACCACUUUCUGUAAACGGAUUAGCCUCAAAAGCUUGGACCACUGCUUAAUUUGUUAUAUAAUCAGCCGCAAUCUCGGUGCCAAGUUAUUCCGGGAGAGUGUCAUCGGGGGAAAAAAUAACUUUUGAGAUAUUGAGACCGACGGAACGACAUAUUGCUCUGCCAAACAUGAGCGCUCACGAUUUAUGAUCUAAUUUCCUUGUCUAAGUUCUUCUAGGAACAUAUCUCACUUCCUUUCUGAGCUUGCCUAAUUCCCAAAGGCUGCUUGAAAGAGGGUAAUGCCUCCCCGAAGAAAGGCAGCUCCGCCAGACGACCCCUCCAAGGAAGUGGACUCUCUACCCCUCCCAGUUAUGCCCGGAAGUCCUAUGAAACGGAAGCGUGCGGCGCAAACAGCUCCGGCCAUGAAGACCCCUUCCGCCCUUGGUCCCGCUCCCGCGACCACCGCCGCCCAUGCCCAAGCGGAAUUGCAUACGCAUGGGCAUUCACAUCAUAAAAAGGGGAAGAGAGGAGGUGACGAUUUCGACGCGCUCCUCAAACCAUUUUACUACAGCAAAUCCCUCACAGACCCAAUUAACACUGCCGAAGAUAAAUGGAAUUUACUGCCCGCUUUCCUCAAAGUGAAGGGCUUAGUCAAACAGCAUAUCGAUUCCUAUAAUUACUUCGUCGAGGUUCAAUUGAAGAAGAUCGUGCAGGCAAGCGCGGAGAUUCGUAGCGAUGUUGACCCGAAUUUUUAUAUCAGGUUCCACGAUAUCUACCUGGGCAAUCCCCGGCGGGCAGAUGAAGAACAAGACUCCAAAUUCGAUGUAGCAUCUACUAUCACACCAAACGAAUGCCGGCUGCGUGAUAUGACCUAUGCGGCCCCGAUCCUGGUCGAUUUUGAAUAUGUCCGUGGUAGACAACGAGUCAAGCGGAACGGGACCGCGAUUGGUCGCAUGCCUGUUAUGCUGCGGAGCUCCAAGUGUGUGUUGUCGAAUAAAUCAGAGGCGGAGAUGCAGCUGUUGCAUGAGUGCCCGCUUGAUCCUGGUGGGUAUUUCAUCGUUAAUGGGACGGAGAAGGUUAUUUUGGUACAAGAGCAGUUGAGUAAGAAUCGGGUUAUUGUGGAGACGGAUUUGAAAAAGGAGAUUGUUCAGGCUUCGGUUACUAGUUCCUCGAACGAACGAAAGUCGAAGAGUUAUAUCAUCAUGAAAAAGGACCGGAUAUACAUGAGACAUAACGUUCUUAAUGAAGAUGUUCCAAUCGUCAUCCUUCUCAAGGCCAUGGGAAUCCAGUCCGACAAGGAAAUGUUGCUUCUUGUUGCCGGCAUAGAUAGCACCUACCAAGAAGACUUUUCCAUUAACUUCGAGGAGGCCGUGAAACUCGGGAUAUACACUCAACAUCAGGCGCUGGAAUAUAUCGGUAGCAGAAUCAAAAUCAACCGGAAACCGAACAGCUUUGGCAUUACCCGACGAAACCAUGUGCAGGAAGCCAUCGAAGCAAUUUCCUCUGUUAUCAUCUCUCAUGUCGUCGUGGAAAACUUGAACUUCCGGCCCAAGGCGCUGUACGUUGCACAUAUGGCUCGGCGUGUUUUGAUGGCGAAGCAUGACCCCAGUCUAGUAGAUGAUCGGGAUUAUGUGGGGAACAAGCGACUGGAACUGGCUGGCCAGCUCCUGGCAUUGCUAUUUGAGGAUCUGUUUAAGAAGUUUCAAUUUGACAUUAAAAUGAAUAUUGAUAAGGUGCUGAAGAAGCCUGUACGGACGGAACAAUUCGAUGCAUAUGGGGUCGUCGCCAUUCAUGGAAAUCACAUCACCCAGGGUAUGAACCGGGCCAUCUCAACCGGUAAUUGGAGCCUGAAGCGUUUCCGCAUGGAGCGGGCGGGUGUUACUCAUGUAUUGAGCCGAUUGAGCUACAUCGCCGCUCUGGGCAUGAUGACCCGUAUUUCAAGUCAGUUUGAGAAGACCCGCAAAGUCUCGGGACCUCGAGCCCUGCAACCAUCCCAGUUUGGCAUGCUUUGUCCGUCCGAUACUCCGGAAGGUGAGGCUUGUGGUCUUGUAAAGAACCUGGCGCUCAUGACGCAUAUCACUACCAACGACGAGGAGGAGCCUGUGAGAAAACUCAUAUUCGCCCUUGGCGCGGAAGACGUGCAGACUGUCGGCGGCCGCGAGUUGCAUGGCCAGGGUGCUUACAUUAUCUUCUUAAACGGAUCUCCUAUCGCCCUAACGCGGCGGCCGAAGUUUUUCUUAAAUUCCUUCCGUCGGCUGCGGCGGACGGGGAGGGUUUCAGAAUUCAUCAGUGUCUUCAUCAAUCAUCAUCAGAACGCCGUGCACAUUGCUACGGACGAUGGGCGUAUAUGUCGCCCACUGAUCGUUGUUGAAGACGGGAAAUCCAAAGUAACCAAGAGCCAUCUCUGGGCGCUCAGGAGCGGGUCAAUGGAAUUUGACGACUUCUUGGCUCAUGGCCUAGUAGAGUAUCUGGAUUGCAAUGAGGAAAACGACUCUUAUAUCGCCGUAUAUGAGGAGGACAUUACUGAUAGCACGACGCAUUUGGAAAUCGAACCGUUUACCAUUCUCGGCGCUGUGGCCGGCCUCAUCCCUUAUCCACAUCAUAACCAAUCUCCCCGAAACACAUACCAAUGCGCUAUGGGUAAACAAGCCAUAGGCGCUAUUGCCAAUAACCAAUUCCUUCGCAUCGACUCCCUCCUCUACACCAUGGUCUACCCGCAAAAGCCCAUGGUGAAAACCCGAACGAUCGAGCUGAUCAAAUACGACAAGCUCCCCGCCGGCCAAAGCGCAACCGUUGCUGUCAUGAGUUAUUCCGGCUACGAUAUUGAGGACGCUCUCGUCCUAAAUAAGAGCUCCGUAGACCGCGGCUUCGGCCGCUGUCAGGUCUUCCGCAAAUACUCCACAAACCUCAAAAGCUACUCCAACGGCACAAAGGAUAAACUUAAAGGCCCUGACCGCGAAAACGGCCUGCCAAUCCGCAAGCACGCCCUCCUCGACAGCGACGGCCUUGCCGCCGUCGGCGAAAAGGUAAACCAGGGUGAAGUGUAUAUCAACAAAGUCACACCGGAAAACGCGCUAUCGUCUGGCAUCACAGGUUCAGACGCCGGCAGGCCCAUCGCCUACAUCCCUUCCCCACAAACGUACAAACUCCCCGACCCCAGCUAUAUCGACAAGGUCAUGAUCUCCGCCACCGAGGCCGAAAAUCAGCUCAUCAAAGUCCAGACGCGCCAAACCCGUGUGCCGGAAGUCGGUGACAAAUUCUCCUCCCGCCACGGCCAAAAGGGCGUCGUCGGCAUCAUCGCCGAAUACGCAGAUAUGCCCUUCAGCGACCUCGGAAUCGUCCCGGACAUUAUCAUGAACCCGCACGGUUUUCCGUCACGUAUGACAGUGGGCAAAAUGCUCGAGCUCAUCGCGGGCAAAGCGGGCAUUCUCUCCGGCCAGUUCGGCUAUGGGACUGCCUUCGGCGGCAGUCCCGUGGAGGAAAUGUCCGCUAUCCUUGUCGACCAUGGCUUCUCGUAUGGUGGCAAGGAUUACCUCACCUCCGGCAUCACGGGCGAACCGCUCCCGGCGUAUGUCUUCAUGGGACCCAUCUACUACCAGAAGCUGAAGCAUAUGGUACAAGAUAAGAUGCAUUCGCGGGCGCGUGGGCCGCGGGCAAUCUUAACGCGACAGCCGACGGAGGGAAGGUCGCGGGAUGGUGGCCUGCGGCUGGGCGAGAUGGAGCGUGAUUGUCUGAUUGCAUAUGGAACUAGCCAGUUACUGUUGGAGCGGUUGAUGAUUUCGUCUGAUCGGCAUGAGGUAGAUGUCUGUGAGAGUUGUGGGUUUAUGGGGUAUUUGGGGUGGUGUCAGCGGUGUAAGACGUCGCGCGGGGUUGUGAAGAUGGUUAUCCCAUACGCGGCGAAGUUGUUGGUGCAAGAGCUUUUUAGCAUGAAUGUCGUUGCGCGGUUGAAGCUUGCGGACGAGUUUCCGGAGGAGAGGGGAAUGUAGGUGUAGAAUAAUUGUAUGUGCAUGGGUUUUAUGUUUUAUGGUUAGAUUAAGAUGUAACACGAUAUGUAUAUAAUCCAAGGCGUAGUCUGGCGGCUUAGAUUUUGCGUUCCCUCCUCCUAGGAGGCAGUAGGAAAUUUCCAUCUUGUUCCCAGAUCUGACUUCUUCAUGUGCGUUGGAGUCCUCUGUAUUCCUCCAGGGUCAGCAGAAACACAACCAGUGCAAUGAUUUUUCACAGCAUAUUUACAAAAAACUAACACGCCCGGCCCACACUCUCCCCUCCAAACCAACCCAUUGCAAACUUGGUUUUGUAUGCAUGCUGAUGAAGAUGACCAUAAUGACCACCCAAAGACACAGAAUAAGAAUAUUUCAAAGAAUCCUGGACUCGUAAACCCCAAUAUCCCCGUUUUUAUUAGUUCCAUCCCUAAUCCCUUUGAAUUCGCCACAAAACACCUUCCAAAUAUAAAAUUGCAAAAAGUCAAAAUCGUACAUAUAUCGAAUGCUUUCCCCA